GGCAAACAGAUUUUGUAUAAAAGUCACAUAUAAAAAUGCACGGCCGUCCCAGAGAAUACAAAAACAAGCUGAAAGCGGACCCCAAGGCGCAGGAGGCCUACAAGAAGAAGGUCGAUGCCAUUCGGAACGGCACCGCGCUGGUACUGGAAUACCGUCGACAGAAGAAGUAUGAGCCCGCCAUCAUGGAUGCAGCAGCUAAGCUGCUGAAGGUGGUGCCUGAGAUCUACACGUUAUGGAACUAUCGGCGUGAGGCGCUUGAGCCAGUGUUUGCGGCCGGCGGCGAGGAGGCUGCGCGAGCCAGCGAGGGAGAGCUGGCGCUGACUCAGGCAUGCCUCAUGGAGAACCCCAAGUCCUACUCCGCCUGGCACCACCGCAAGUGGGUUGUGGGACAGGGCCUGGCGCCGCUGGAGCGGGAGCUGCAGCUGGUCACACGGGCUCUGGAUGAGGAUUCCCGAAACUUCCAUGCGUGGAACUACCGCCAGUUCGUGUGCAGGAAGCUGGGGCGCAGCGCGCAGGACGAGCUGGGGUACGUGGAGGAGAAAAUCAUCCAGAACUUCUCAAACUACAGCGCCUGGCACUUCCGGACGAUGCUGCUGCACCAGAUUUACGGCACGCCAGGUGGGCCGGAGGCAGGCGUGGGCACGGAGGCGCCGGCAUCAGCAUCGUCGCCGGCACCGGGUGCGGGUGGGACGGCGGGCGCCGCCGCCUCCGGCUCCGCCAGCCAGCGCUCGCCCAUCCCUCACGAGGUGCUGGACGCCGAGUACGACAUGGUGCACCAGGCCUUUGCCACGGACGCCCGUGACGAGUCGCCAUGGACGUACUACCGGUGGCUGGUGGGCAACACACUCGCGCACCUGGGGCCGGCAGCGGCAACAGCAGCAGCAGCAGCCGCGGCAGGGUCAUUAGAAGCGGCAAGUGGCGCCGGCGCCGAUGCAGCUGCUUCCGGGGCGCCCGGGACAGGUGGCGAGGCGAGUCGGGAGGGGCGGGAGGGGCAGGAGGGGCAGGCGGAGGUGGACGAGGAGGCGAGGGCGCGGGUGGCGGCGGUGCUGGAGCGGGAGGCGGCGCGGCUGCAGGAAGACCAUUUGGCGGCGGAGCCGGAUGCAAAGCGGCCGCUGUUGGCGCUGGCGCGGUUGCGGGAAGCGCAGGCUCGGCUGGGGCUGGGUGACAGCGCGGAGGCGGGGGCCGCGCUGCUGGAGGAGGCCCGCGGCAUCUACCGCCGCCUCAUGGACAUCGACCCGCUGCGGCGGGGCUACUACCAGGACGCACUGGAGGGGCGGGCGUUCGUGGUGGUGCAGGCGCUGGGCACGGUGUGAUCGGCGCACGUGUGUGGGCGUGGACGUGGCUUCUCACAAAAGACCAAGGCAUGUCCACCGUAAUGCAGCUUUAAACCAUGACGCGGUUUUGGACAGGGUUGAGGGUGAAGGUGUUUGGGGUGAGGUGUUUGUUGCAAACGUGGCUUUAGGGAGCUCAUCACUGGCUGGUCCCACCACACGAAUUUGGCGCAAGGCAUCUUCGCUAAGGGUGUUGGUGUGCGGCCUGGGAAUACAAAAUGCCCUCGAGUUACACUACAGCGUGUCGUGAUCACGGCAGGUAGUGUGGCCAGUGUUACUUAUGUGGGGGUAUUUGCGUGGGAGAGCCAUGGGGCCCUUGCUGAGGCCCCAAGAUGCAUGCGGCGUGGAUGGACGCCAGGGUCGGGGGUUCAGUUGGGGAGGCCGUACACGUGGUAGCGAUUGGGCCCAGGGUUUCGCAUUGGUCAACGGCAUGCUACAUGUAAGACCAUGAGUUA